UGAUAACCUUCAAUGGAGAAUAAAAGAUUUAGAUUGAAUGAUAUGAUAGGAAUGGUUUUGGUUUGAUGAUAGAAAUACUUUCUUUUUUAAAAAGUGAUUUGGUUUAUUGAUAUUAAUUUAUUUAUAUGAAGGAAAAAAACCUUAUGAAAUGAGAAAAGACGUUUUUUAGUGGCUGAUAUAAUUGAUUGUAUUUAGUUGAUAAUAUAAUUAAUUGUGUAAUAUGAUAAUAUUUGAAUAAAAACUAAAAUGUAUAAUGGCAUAGUAAUUUUUGUAUUAUUAAGGUACUUCAUAUGGUUUAAUUUAUUAGUUGUAUUUAAUAUAUAUAUACUGAUGCAGUGGUUAAUGUAUAAAAUUGAAUAUAAGUAUAUUAGAGAGAAGGUAUUUGAAAUGAGAUUUAAAAAGAGCAUUUUGUGAU